AUGGGGCUAUCGUUAAAACAAAUAAGGCAACAGGCAAUGAAUCUUAGCAAUGCUAAGGGCGGCAAUAGAGAAAAAGUACUAAUACGAACAAAAAUUCAGGAGGUCAAUCGUGAAAUAGAAAUACACGCUAGAAUAAAAGAUGAACUGGCGGAAUUCUUUAAGGAAAAAGUUUCCAAAAUAAAGGAGCCUGUUUUGAGACCUCUAGAAGCUGUCGCUGAAGAGAACAAAAACAUAUUAAACAAGCGAUUUAGACGUGAAGAACAUUUUAAUGAAAAUAUAUCUAUGAGCCAAAAAUUAGCAGAUGCACACCUCCAAAUACUGAUUUAUGAUGCCAACUAUAAAGCUGAAUCUCAAAAAUGCACUCAGAGAGGCAUACAUUCAAUGACGGAACAAGAUAAACGUAAGAGAAAUGCUAAUAAACGCGGGAUCGUGCAUCAGUAUUUUUUGAAAGCGUUCCUCGACAUGCGGAAUGAAUAUAGAAGUAUUUUUAGGUCGUAUGUUAAUAAUACUACCGAUAUUAAUAAAGAAGUGCGGAAAUUAAGAGAAAAAGAUAAAGUUCUGGCAGGCAUUAUAGCAGCUCAAGCAGUACAAUUGCAACAGAGCGAUGGCAUGAUAAAACAACUCCGGUCAGACUUACAAGCUAUAGAAUCUAUACAACGGACAGAGCUACAUGAUCGUAUCAACAAUUAUAGGGAUGCGUGUAAACGACUAAAAGUAAUUUUAAGUGAAGUUCGUAAGUCAGAUGAUAAGCAGAUUAAGUUUCUAGUCAGUGAAUCUAAUGCUGCAAUAGAUUGGCUGAAAUCCACCCGCAAAAAAGGUGAAGCGAUAUUAAAACUAGCAGCACUAUCCCGGAAAUAUGAAACACUGAGGGAGAAAGUGAUACCUUUUGCUAAUGAACUACCGACUGAAGAUUUAACACAGGAACUAGAAGAACCAAUUAAGUACACUUUGACAAAGAAUAUUUUUACAAACAAUUGUGGCUUGACGAGAUUAUGGCAAAGAAUAUCAAACGCCAAACUGUCGUAUAAAGCUCUAAACCAUGAAAAACUAUUGUUAGAAUAUGAAAAUACAAUAUUAACUCAAAAAGUUAAAGAAAACCUCAGCAACAAAUGUGUUAAUAAUUUAAUUGUUACUUUGGAUGGGGUUUUAGAAGUACAAAAAUAUAUAAUACAGUAUAAUACUAAUUAG